AUGCAGGUGUCGUCCAACGAGCCUACCAUGAUCGUCACCCCACGCCCUUUGCAGGGUCCUGCCCCACCAUCGUCAACCUCAGCUCCUCGAGCUCCAAGCAACCCUGACCCUGCAAACACCUCGACAAGUCUCCCCAGAUCCGACCCACGCGUUCAAUUGACCUUAUUCGACCGAGUAAAUUGAAGGCCUGGACCUACGAUGUCUCACAGCCACUCACAUGACGGCGCGUCUCACUCGCAUGGUGGCGGCGACCACGGGCACACGCACGAGAUCCUCGAUGGCCCGGGGAGCUUUCUUGGGCGGGAGAUGCCGAUUAUCGAGGGGAGGAAUUGGGAGGAGAGGGCUUUUACAGUGGGAAUUGGAGGCCCGGUCGGCUCCGGCAAGACAGCCCUCAUGCUCGCGCUCUGCAAAGCCCUCCGAACCCGCUUCUCCAUCGCCGCCGUCACAAACGACAUCUUCACACGCGAAGACUGCGAGUUCCUGACCAAGAACAACGCCCUACCAGCCGAGCGCAUCGUCGCCGUCGAAACCGGCGGCUGCCCGCACGCCGCCGUGCGCGAAGACAUAUCCACCAACCUGCUCACCCUGACAAACCUACACUCCAAAUUCUCCACGGACCUGCUGCUCAUCGAGUCCGGCGGCGACAACCUCGCCGCCAACUACUCGCGCGAGCUCGCCGACUUCAUCAUCUACGUGAUCGACGUCUCGGGCGGCGACAAGAUCCCGCGCAAGGGCGGGCCAGGAAUAACGCAGUCGGAUUUGCUGGUCGUGAACAAGAUCGACCUUGCGGAGGCGGUGGGUGCCGAUUUGGGCGUCAUGGAGAGGGAUAGCAGGAGGAUGAGGGAAGGGGGGCCGACGAUUUUCGCCGUGGUGAAGCAUGGGAAGGGGGUGGAUAAUAUUGUGGAUUUGAUACUGAGUGCGUGGAAGGCGAGUGGGGCGACGCAGGCAAGGAAGGAGAAGUUUGAGCCUGUGGUUAUGGAGUAGGACCUGGAUGGAUUGAGGCUAGGGCGGCCUGGAGGGCUUCAUGGCGUAUUGUGGAGGCAGACUAGAGGCGUAGCCGUUAGGGCGCCUGAAGUACUUUAGCUGUUUCACCUAGGCGAACUAGGUGUAUAGAGUUAUAACGGAGCGUGAAGUACUUCUAACGGUGUUGCGGAGGCGCACUAGCAGCAUGGUCAAAACAGAGCCUGAAGUCCUUCAGCGAGUCUUUUAGAGUCACACUAGACGCCUAGCUAUUAGGGAUCCUGAAGUACUUCACAUC